UGAUGACGUAUGCGGAAGUAGUACUGUAGUAGCAGCACCGGCCAUGAGCGAACGCUGAAGAGUUUUGUCGGGAGCAGACAAAAUGUCUGUUUUUCCAGGACUCUCCCUGAAACCUGAAGUGGCCGAGUAUCUGAAGAGUGUCUUCGUAAACAAAGAGGUUUUAGCUGCAGUCAGUCUUCAGGAGGCGGAGAUCCGUUUUCACAGGCUGCUCACAUGUCUGUCACACCCGCCUUCACACACAUGUGUCCGGGUCAGCACUCAUCUGGCCUCGCUGGACGAGAUCAGACUCAAGUUAGCAGAAGCGCUGCAAAAGCAGCAGAUGUGUGGCUCAUCAGCAGAGGACGUCUCCCUUCAGAUUGUUCCUCACCCGAGAAUUCCAGAUGUGCUGCUGCUUCCUGUCGAUGGCCCGAGAGCUGUGAAGCAGCUCAGCUCUGAGGUCGUGGUCGGCGCUCAGUGUGGCAGCGCCGUGCUGAGAGGCGCUCACGUCUUCACACCGGGAAUCAUCGCCAGCCCGAAGUACAUGAAAGCAGGAGACGUGGUUUCUGUUUUCUCCGACCUGGAGGGAAAGUGCACUCGUGGAGCCACGAGUUUCCAGGGGAAGACAGCGUUUGUGGGAAAUGGAGUCUCUGAAGUGGAGCGCUCCAGCAUCUUCUGCUCAGAUAAACCUGCCAAAGGUGUCGGCAUCCGGAUGGUUGAGCCUCUUUACUGGAGUCCUUCCUUUGAUGGAGUUCUUCCCAACCUGGCUUUCCUGCAGAACCUGCCCUCUGUGGUUGUGGGACACGUCCUUGGGCCUCGCCCUGGCGAACGUAUCCUGGAUAUGUGUGCUGCACCUGGAGGGAAGACCUGCCAUAUCGCCGCAAUCAUGGGGGAUCAGGGCGAGGUCGUGGCCUUGGACAGGAUCCGAAAUAAGAUCGACCGAAUCCGUCAAAAUGCACAAAUGCUGCAUUUACAAAGCGUGAAGGUUUAUUGCUUCAACAGCACUCAGGCUGUAAGCAGUGACCCCGCACUUCAAACUGAAGGACCUCCUUUUCCUCCUGAGAGUUUCGACCGGGUUUUGCUGGACGCUCCCUGCAGUGGCCUGGGACAGAGGCCCAACAUGGCGUGCACCUGGAGUCUCAAGGAGAUCUGUUCCUACCAACCUUUGCAGCGCAACUUAUUUCAUGCUGCGGUGCGGCUGUUGAAGAAAGGUGGGGUUCUGGUGUACAGCACCUGCACGGUGACUCUAGCAGAGAAUGAGGAGCAGGUAGCCUGGGCCCUCAAGACCUUUCCCUGCCUCACACUUCAGCCACAGGAGCCUCACAUCGGUGGAGAAGGAAUGACAGGAGCCGGCCUCCCACCUGAGCAGCUGCGCCUCCUCCAGAGGUUCAGUCCCGAGCUGACGUGGGACCAGACACAAACGACAGCGCCGCUCCACUGCAGAGCCGACAAGGACACUAUCGGCUUCUUUAUUGCCAAGUUCCUGAAAAACUGACCAGAGGGCACGUUUGUCUGUCACAGCCGGGAAUAACAGUGUUUAUAAUACGACACACUGCCUCUGUGUGUGUGUGCUUUAACAGGCCAGUGUUGACAAAGACACUGUUUACAGCGUCAGCCUCCCAACAGCUGCUCUCUCAAAGUGUGGGCCAUAUAGGGAUAAGCUUUCUAAAUACGGAGAGGGAGGGAGAGAGGCAGGCACGUGGGGAUGGAGACUGAAUGAGUGCUGGCAAAUGCAGCAGUGCUGUCGUCGUUAUGACAACCGUGACGACACAGCUGCCAUGGUGACGGUGGAUUCACAGGAUCCAAGAGGGUGGAUCAGGAAGUAGCAGAAAUGGGCCAUGAGAGGUAGAAACAAUUAGCGCGUGGGACCUUUUCAUUAACGCGUUCCGAUGCUUCGACGAAAGAAAUGAUGUCGACGACGACUCCAGUCUGAAAAAGUGCACUCGCCGCAGUGAACAUUAUCUCAUUCAACUGAUGAAAUGUUGGUCAAAAACUUGAGAAACUGUAAUUUGGUAACGAGUCAUAUAUUUUUUUUUUAGCAUUUACAAGCAACACAAACUUUAAUUCAAGUACAAAAAAAUAUGCAUUUAAAUUGUACGUACAGAAGAGUUUACUGUUUGUUUUUCUACGACAUGUCUUUCCUAUCGGGCCAUAUUUAAUAUUAUUAAAACUGAAUUUUUCAAAAAUAAUCUCAUGCAAUCCGAGUUGGUGACAAAUGCGUCGCACAGUUAUUUCCAAAUGUUAGAAAUCCUUUUAUUUACACGUCAGUGUCCUGCUUAUGAAUUUUUAAAAAAGUGCAUCUUUAUGAAGUGAAAUGUGUGUCAACAUAAUGUGAACCCACUUCUUAGUGACACUUAAGAUUUUUUAUUGUUAUCCUAUGUUAAACAUAAGUAGUAGAAGAUGAUGCGCUCUUCACUGCAGCA